AUGGCCAAGCCAUCCAUCCUCAUCGUAGGCGGAGGUGUCUUUGGUACCUCCACAGCCUACCACCUCUCACAAAGAGGAUAUGAAAGCGUCACGGUGCUUGAUCGCUUCGACGCACCCUCCAAAGACUCUGCGGCCACCGACCUGAACAAGGUCGUACGGGCCGACUACCCUAACCCGUUAUACGCGAAGCUAGGCAUGGAGAGCAUGCAGGAGUGGAAGGACCCCAAAUCCAUCUUCGCAGGGAUGUAUCGCGAGAGCGGCUGGGUCAUGGCGGGCCACGGCCUGACGCGGGGAUGGCUCAAUAGCGCCAUGGAGACAGCCAAGAAGGCGGGUCGCGAGGGGGUGCGGUUCAUGACGGCCGGGGAGAUGAAAACGAGGUGGCCCGCUCUGACGGGGGAGUUCCCGGACUGGACCAACCUGUGGAGUCCUGCGGCUGGCUGGGUGCCGUCCGGACAAGCUCUGUUAAGAAUGGCAAACGCCGCCAAGUUACAGGGGGUCAAAUACAUAUGUGGAGAAUCCGGUCAUGCUAAGAAGCUCGUGUUAGACGGCAACGGGAAGUGCGAGGGUGUCUUGGCCGCAGACGGGACACUGCACGUGGCGGACAUAGUUGUGUUGUCCACUGGUGCCAAUACUGCGACCCUAGUUGAUGCGAAGAGAGAAGUGGUGGCACAAACAUCAGUCAUCUGUGUGAUGAAGCUGGAGCCGCACGAGAUCGAAAGGUACAAGGAUAUGCCAAUCAUCGAUGACUUCGAGCAGGGGGCUUCUAUCCUCCACUCGUUAGGCGAUUAUCCAGACGACGGAUGCCCUAAGGAAGUCGAAGAUGAAAUGCGUACGUUUGUUAGAGAGAUGAUCCCAGAGCUGGCUGACCGGCCGUUCAUCUCUUCCAAAAUGUGCUGGGACGGUCUAGCCGGUGAUCUCAACUUCAGAAUCUGCCCUUACCCCGAAAUUCAGAACUUGUUCGUCGCGACGAUUGGAUCAAAUCACGGAUUCAAGUUCCUCCCAAUCAUUGGCAAGUACGUCGCCGACAUGCUCGAGGGGAAAUUGGGGGCCGAUGCAUGCCGCCCCGCCGCUAUCAUUCUGUACGACCCAGCAAACAUACCGCAGUACUUCCAACUACUUAAAACGGGUUGGAGGAUUUUCGUUAUCAGUAAAAACCUCCGCACGUCGAUAUCAGUCCGCGUGGUCGACAACGCCAAGAGGUCGAAGCGCAGUAGCCUGCAAGGCCUGUCAUACGCAAAAGCUCAAGUGCAAUGGCGACUCGAGAGACAGCCAGCAGUGGCGCAAAGAUCGGGAGAUCCGAUCUCAUCGCCAGAGUCGGUCCGUACGGAUCCAAACGACUUUGCGACACCGCUCUCGCCCAAAUCUAGUCAGAUUAUCAAGGAAGAGGAACUGGAAGAUUGUAGUGCAGAGUUCUUCGUGAAGAGGCUCCGACAACUUUCGUGGACAGCAGCAUCCGGUGAUCCUACCAGCAAACAGACUAGGGAGUCUACCGGCACAAAUGCCGAGAGCUACACAUAUUCUCGGCUGAAGUUCGAUUUUCUACAAUCUGAAGUCUCGUUCCGACUUCCGCCCCGACCAUAUGCAUUCCACCUACUCCAGGCCUUUGAUGAAGGCUUCAGUGAAUAUCACUGGUUCCUCCGUAAGAGGUUCCGGGAAAGGAUCCUUUUGACCUACUCGGACCCGCAGUCGCAAUCUCACGAUCGCAACUGGUUGUGCAGGGUUUCAGUUGUCUUGGCCCUCGCUGAGAGCUGGAAUCGAUCUCGAAUGUCCUCAGCUGUCCACAUGGAAAUUGCAGGGAAGCAUCCGACCAGUCCACCGCAAAGAGGAGCUGCUGUUCCAUUUACUUUGCCUCCAGAUUCUCAGUCAACGUCGCAAACACUGCCGCCACCUCCGGGGUCCGAAUUCUUCGAACAAGGGUUGAUGCUUCUCAAGAUGUCUGCGGAAGAGCCUGUGCCAGAAGAUGUAGAGGCACUUUGCUUGAUUCCACAUCCUCUGCCCAAGGCCCUAGACCAGCAACGCAAAGUGCGCGUUAUGAACGAGCACAGGAAGAGGCUCUGGUGGACAUCCUACUGCAUGGACAGAAUGAUAUCAACGGAGCUUGGCGUCGCUGCCGCCGUGGCUUGUGUGCCAGAAGGCAUGCAACUCCCGUCAUCGGCCGGACUAGACGCUGAAGACCUCGAGGAGUUUUCUGAUCCGGGGCUUCUGACAAUGCAAACUCAGCUCUGCGAGAUCAAGCGGAAUGUUGUAAGAACGGCGGCUCAACACGUUGAUGUUGAUGACGAACGUCGACUAGAGAUUAUUAAGCCAUGUCUCGACACUUUGCAGGAGUGGAGAUCAAGUCUGCCGCAGCAAGUAGCUUUCACCUUCGAGGAGAGCCUGCCUACGAGAUUGAUGGAAGCACCUCACGGUAGAAUCCUUGCAUCCACCUACAUGCGAUAUCACCAGUGCUUCAUCUUACUGUUGAGGCCACUUUACCUUCAAAAGCUUUCUUCAAUCGUUCAAAAGCGACGAUCAAACAACCCACCGAGUUUCACCGGGACCGACACACCAAUAGAUACCGAUGACCCGAUGAGAGCCGUCAAGAUACAGUGUCUUCAAGCCGCACGGAACAAUUGCAAGAUCCUCCUCGGGCUCUGGAAUUACGAUAAGAUUGCGAAAUUCGGAUACUGGGAAUCUCUACACUUAUUCUCCGGUCUUGCAAUCCUCGCACUCGCCCGAGUCUCCAUCGAGGAAGGUCAAGAUUUUAACCCCAACAGCGAAGACGAUGUAGCACUCUACACGCGGACACGAGCACUACUCAGAGAAAUGGCUCGCGUCGGCAACCCCGCGGCCAAAGAUCACGAUGUCUUGCUCUCAGAUGUUGAGGCAAUGGUGAAGAGAAUCUCACGAGAGGAAAAGACAACACCGCGGCAAUCUAGUGUUGAGGAGACUGACGGUAAUGUGGAAAUGGAGACUGAUCUGAGUUUCUCGGAUUUCAUGUUCUCUGAUGGAAAUGCUGACCAACAGAUCUGGAGUGAUAAGGACUGGGAAAGUAUCUUGAGCACAUAUACGCAAGGCAUUUGA